AUGAAUUAUGGGCCUGGAGGUUACCACGUAACCCAUAUUGGCGAUUCACUAAAGGGAGGGCAAUAUACUAUAAUCAGAAAACUUGGUUGGGGACAAUUCUCAACAGUCUGGCUCGCAAAAGACAACAAACACAACCAUUACCGAGUAGUGAAAAUAUGUCGUUCUUCCCGGGCUCACCGAGAGAAUGCAAUUGAUGAAAUUCGCAUUUUAAGAAAAGUCAACUCAAAACGAAACACGCAUCCGGGUAGAAGACAUAUCGUCGAGCUUCUGGAUUAUUUUGAAGUUCAGGGCCCAAAUGGAGUUCACGUGUGUCUGGUCUUCGAAACACUUGGUCAAAACUUACUGUCAGUAAUGCGAUCAUUUAGAAGUUACAAUAUUCCGAUGUGUUUGGUUAGACGAUUUACUAAACAACUAUUACUUGGGCUUGAUUUUCUCCACAGAGAAUGUGGCAUUAUCCACACCGACCUAAAACCCGAAAAUGUCUUGAUUCGCAUUAAUGAUGAUGACUUGGUUGAUUGCUUGUCAGAUAUUUAUGAGGCAGAGGAAGACACGGUUGGUGAUAUAACCAGAAGCAGGCCUUUAUGUUCUGCAGCUUUGGAAAGGUAUGCCAGCCAAUACAUUAAAGUCGGGAAAUAUUAUCAGCUCAAGCGUGCCAUUAAGGCAACAAGCUCACAUGAAACUCAACAUCUAUACAAAGAACAAUUGCGGCAGCUGGAAAAACAGCUGCCUCCCAAUUAUCAAGUGCUUGGAAAGCAUGCAAUUUUGGUCAGCGUCGUUAUCGCUGAUUUGGGAAAUUCAUGUCUGACAGACUUUCACUUUACUGAUGAAAUACAGACAAGACAAUACAGAGCACCGGAAAUUAUACUUCAUCAUCCAUGGGGUGCAUCUACAGACUGUUGGAGCUUAGCAUGCAUGGUCUUUGAGUUGUUGACCAGCGAAUAUUUGUUUAAUCCAAAAAACGAUUCUGAAGUUUCUCGUGAUGAGAUGCACUUACUGCUUUUUGAAAGUGUACUUGGUGAUCUUCCUGAAUUUAUGCUCCGAAAACUUAAACGAAAAGGAACUUAUCUUUACAAAACCAAUGGGAAAAGAAGGAAUGUAAAACACCGGAUGAGUAUUGAGAGCAUGUUGGUGAAAAGGCACAAUUUUGAACCGACACAUGCUAGAAUGAUAGAGAGCUUUUUAAAACCGCUGCUUGUUUACGAGCCUCAAAAACGAGCAGACACGCGGUCCAUGUUGAGCCAUGCUUGGUUCACUGGAAACAUCCACAGUGAAUCAGUGCACUAUUCAUUCGAUAAAAUUGAAGGCUGGGGCUCAUUGGCAUCUCGCAACAAACUGCCAAUAAGCAGCUGA